CGGAAGAGCAAUCUAAAAUUAAAGCAACCAAAUCCAUUACACCAGCUACAGAUGGUGGAAAUACUGAAACAGUAACCAAUUCUGGGCGUGAUAAAAAUACCCAGAACAUUUUACUUGCUUUACAAAAUGGCGCCUCAAGAAAUCCCGCUAACCAUGAAGCUGCUGAAACGUACAAUAGUUCAAACCUAGAAAGUUUACCGAAAGUUAAUAUAGUAACCACAUAUCAAACCGAAACAUUGGUCAAGUGUUCAACUACUGCAACUCAAACUGUACUAGAGCUGGAAACGAAAUCAACUCAAACUGAAAAUGUAGAAGAUAUAGAAUUUAAACUGCCUGACCGACCCGCCAGUCGUACAAAGCUACCAAGCUCUAAGCCAUUCGUGUCAAUCAUGCAGAGUGUAUCUGACCACGGUAAUCAGAUGUAUUGUAAGUUGGAAACACCAGAAGGUUCCCAGGAGCAACAGUUUGCCCCAAUACCGAUUUCCGAACCAAACCAACCAAACAUUUAUGAGGACUCCGAGUUUUCUCAGCCCGAACAAAAAGACAGGGAUUCUGUUAUAAAAAAGGAUCACGGCCAAGGGUUCCCGGUCGGACAAGACGCCAUGACAGCAGAUACCAUGCCAGAAGACGAUUCACGAAGCCGAGCAACUGUACAAGAAGAAAAACCUGAAAACUCGGUUUUACAUGACAUGCAGACGAUGUCUGCCAACCCGGACCAGCUACGACAACAUAACUAUUUUGGGGAUGAAAAAUUAACGUCUGAACAAGCAUAUAUAAAUGAUCAUAUGCUUAUGAAUCAGCGACUCAAUGGAAGCUUAAUAAACGUUCUUCCGCCCCAGCCCCCAAUACAGGCAAACAUGCAGCCGCCUAUGUCAGACUACAAUUCAGCCUUAAUUACUCCAGAGACAAUGAACCAGUACUACCCUCAAAUUACAUCGACUUCAGUUCAUUUGUCAUCUAAUGGCAACUACACCGGCGCUGUAGACGGAAAUACGGAGAUUUCAAACCAUCAGCAGUCGCCUCACGUCCCCGACCCCCCGACUUCGUCGCCCCCUUCCCAGGCUUACAUAACCCAUUUUCCGCACGAUGGGCAGUUAGCAACAAACGAAGACUCAAUCCGCGUUAUGCCACACGGUUCGCAUGUUGUACACCAUCGACCAAACACCAUAGACACUUUCCAGCAGCAGCUAAUGCAGUCAGAAACGGAAGCCAACUAUUCCCAAGCUAUGGACAUCACCAGUCCGGAUGCUAUUGCUCUCCAUCAGCUCCAAAACGCCUAUGACCCGACUAGAAGCAUGUACCUCUAUUCGAAUCCCAUCGACGAUGCUAAUGCCGCUACAAUACAGUCACAUCAUCCAAUAGAAAUGCACCAAGUAGCUCUGGGUGUUACGAAGAGCGAAAUCGACUCCGAUGACGGUUAUAACCAGGGUCGGACCAGAUCUCGGCUCCGGAGGCGUGAGUUAGAAAAACGGGAAGAUCAAGAUCCUGAUCCGUACGAUCAAUCUAGCACACCCGAGAGAACCAUUGACGACAUUUUGAAAGGAACACCAGGAAACGAAGAACGAAGGAAAAAAAUAGAAGAAUUGCUCAAACAAGACCCAUGGCGGGCAGCAAAACACAUCAAGAACUAUAUGGCAAGGCACAACAUUCCACAACGAGAGGUGGUCGAUUCCACAGGUCUAAACCAAAGUCAUUUAUCCCAACACCUAAACAAGGGAACGCCAAUGAAAAACCAAAAGAGAGGAUUACUUUAUGCCUGGUGGACUAAAAAGCAAGACGAAGUCGCUGCCCAAUUCAAAAUUGCUCGAAGUGGUAUGGGAGCUGAACAGGUUGAAGAAGCCGCUGGAGUGAGCCCAAGAGCGCGCAGAAACCGUUUUAAAUGGGGACCCGCUUCGCAGAGAAUCCUAUAUGAGGCGUACCAACACCAGAGGAAUCCUACCAAAGAAGAAAGAGAGGAACUUGUUAAGAAAUGUAACCGUGCUGAGUGCAAUCAGCGAGGUGUAUCGCCUUCACAUGCAAAUGGCCUGGGUUCAAAUUUGGUUACAGAGGUACGAGUGUAUAACUGGUUCGCGAACCGUAGAAAAGAAGAUGCAUUUCGACAUAAACUUGCACAAGACUCUUACUUGGGCGACCAAGACCCUUGCCAACCUAGCGAGGGUUCUCCUGAACAUAAUGGACCACCGUCCAAAGUACAAAUCAUGGAACAGUUUCCAAAAGCUGAACCAGGACUAUAUGGUGAACAACGAGACCACGAGAUAAACCGUGACCUUAUAAAAGUGGAAGCACAUGACAGGAGCCACGUGCCGACGCCACACGCCACGCAGAACAUUUCCCUCGUCACGCCAUCCGAGGCCUCGGACUCGGCGCAACGAAUUGCACAAACAUCCCUACCAGUAGUUAGAAGUUCACGCAUAAACCAAGGCUGCAGAUCACGAGCUCCACCUGGAGUCGUGAUUACAAAUCUCCCCCUACCUGAUGACCUUCAAAGAAGCGACAACUUCUCGUCGGUCUCUCACUUUGGUGCACUACCUUCAGUGAAUACUCUAUCUCCAAUCAUGAACAGCGUUUUCCAAGUUCAGCAGCCUUCGUCUUCCCAAGAGAUGGAUCCAGCACAGAUGCAAUCUACUUUACCCCCGCAUAGUCUAUUGCUGUCUGGAAUCAUAGCCUCAGUGAGCCAAGCUCCCACUGGUCAACAUAUGCCAGUCUUUACACCUUUAACGCCCGGUCACGUAGUACACGAACAUCACCCGCUCGCAGUGACCCAACUUCAUAACCAUUCAGCAGGCGGGUACGGACCACCGCCAACCUAUCAUUCUAACAUUAAGCAAGACUUCAGCGGCUACCAACAAGGGACUUUAGCGUACACUCUUACGGAGCAGAGACGUGACCCGUCGAUAUCCGUGCAAGAUGUAAACUCCAGUCAAUCUACUUCAUUAGUGUUGUCAAAUGCUACAGUGGACACUCCUACAAUUGUAUACCAACAGCCUGUCAACUAAGUUGCUGAAGAGAAAAAAUCGCUGUUUCCAUUUUCACCAAAUCAACUUUUAAUUUUCUUCAAUAUUUUAAUCGAGCUUUUAGUGUUAAACCGUUUUCAAUCAUUGCUUCACUUUUGAAUCCGAAUCAUUAUUAAUUAGCCAGCGAUGUUGCAAUCUACCUCUGCUAAUUCUAAUUCUUCAUUGUGCUUAUACAAAUAUGUACUAUUUUUUUAAUUUUGUGCCCUGUCUUUAAAAGUGAGUACUAAUAUUUUUCUCUGUGCUAAUUUCUCGCUGUACUCCAUCUCCGUGUUACUGUGCCUAUUCUACACUGGUUUGCGAAGCAUCCGUCUGAUGUUAUGAGCAGUUCGCUAAAUAAAAUUUAAUUUCUGUACGAAUUCAGAAUGAAGUA